CACAGCACAAGCUCCUUUAUCUUUUUCCCGUCCCCUGUGAUAUCUUUCUCUGCAACUCUCUCAUGUUGAUGUGAUUCUCCACCCACACAGCACCAAAGAAAGAACCCAUCAAACUUUUACAAAAGAGAAAGAAAGCUCUCUAAUUAACAAGAGCUAUGGUCUUCCCGUCCCUUCCAAUCUAUCUAGAUCCACCCAACUGGUCACAACAGCAGCCUAAUCAGCCAGCAGGAAUUGCCACCCAGAAUCCGCAUAUUCCGCCACCUUUGCAGCCGCCACCUUCAUCGGUGACGGCUGCUAUUGGAGGUGGUGGUUGCGGUGGUGGCGGCUACCAGGGCUCAAUUAGGCCGGGAUCAAUGGCUGAUAGAGCUAGAAUGGCAAAGAUACACCAACCUGAUGCAGCACUGAAAUGUCCGAGGUGUGAAUCUGCUAACACCAAGUUUUGCUACUACAACAACUAUAGCCUUUCACAGCCCCGCCACUUUUGCAAGACUUGCCGUCGCUACUGGACCAGAGGAGGUGCACUCAGAAACGUGCCGGUUGGAGGUGGUUGCAGAAGGAACAAGAGAAACAAAGGAAGCGGCGGUAGAUCGAAGUCUCCCAUGAAACCCUCGACAGGUUCUACCUCUGCAAGUGCUAAUUCUUCUUCCAGUGGCUGCACCACUGAUCAUGUGAUGAUGACUCACUUGCCAACUCCAACACAAACUCAAUUUCCAUUCUUAACCUCCUUGCAUCAUUACAACAGUGACUACGUUUCUGGGGGCAUUGGAUCUCAUUUUGGGACGAUCACAACAACACCUUUGGUGGGUAGAAAUAGCAGCGAUGUUGAGUUUCAAAUCGGUACUGGUUCAGCUUCAUCGCUUGGUAACAGUGGUGGAGCUAUGUUGUCAAAUGGCCUCGGUGAGCAAUGGAGGUUGAACAAUCUGCAACAAGUUCAGCAGCAGUUCGCUUUUUUGAGCACUAAUCUAGAGCCGCAGAUUGGGUUGUUUCAGUUUGGUGGUGGAGAAAAUAACAAUGCUGAACCGCCAAGUUAUGCAAAGGAAGGUGGCCGGUUUAACAUUCGGUCUAAAAUAGAUUCUAUUUCUAGUCUGAGUGGGUUGAUGCCUCAGGUUAACACGAUAAAGAUGGAAGAAAAUCAAGGUUUGAAUUUGCCAAAAAAUCUCUUGAUGGGAAAUGAUGCACUUUGGAAUGGAAGUGGCAAUGCAUGGAGUGAAGUUCCUUGUUUCACUCCUUCAAAUAACCACAUGUUGUGAUCCUUGAAAAAUUAAGCCACUUCAAUUCUACAGCUUUUGGUUUCCUAGUCGCCACAGAUAUUUUUAUGAUCAUCAUAGUAAUGCAUGAUCGAAUGUAUAAGAGUUAGAAUCACUUGCUAACUUUGGAAUGGAAUUCUACCUUUAUGCAUACGAGGAUAAAUGAGAAGGAAAGACAGGAAGUUCAGAAACACUUUGUGUUACAUCUAGACGAGAAAAUGGUACGCAACUCUUCAAGUAAUUUCCUUUCUCCAACGCUGGAUAUGUCGUUGAUAUUUUAUGUUGUACUCCAAGUAUGAACAUGAUGAGCGAAGGUAUAUUGGUGUAUUUGUUUAUAUGCAUGUUUUGUGAUGACAUGAGCGGUUAAUUUUACUAAUUGUGUGAAGCUAUUUGGACUAGUCUAGAAGGCUUUCUUUAUAUGGUGGUGAUGUCACUUUUAUAUUUUCUCUUUGACGAUUUGCACCAGGCAUAAUGUAAGUUCAGAAACUUUGAACAUUAAUGUGUCUGACUUCUUACCCCUUUUAGUUUUCAUUAAUCUCAGUAUCAUAAAUAAACUAUAAUAUUUAUGCAUGUAUGAACA